UAGCCGAGCCUCGCAAGCGAUCCGCCGAGCUUCCCGUUUAAAUCCGUCGACCGAUCGAUCGAUCAAGCGGCAGAGCUCUCCCCGUCGUUCAUGUCGAGGGGUUUUGGUUUUGGUUUUGCCGCGUAGUGGCGUUGUACGCUUGCGUUUUGUUGCGUGGCGAGGCGACAAGGGAGCUCGGCCAUGAAGGGCGGGGUCGUCGACGACUUGAGGGUUAUGUUCACGAGGAAGGAGUCCUCCACCUGCCUCGCCAGGUCAGUGAUGUUCCUCGUGAUCUUCGCGGUCGGCGUGAUCGCCGGCCUCUGGACGGCCACCGGGCCGCGCACCCAGUACACCAGGACCAUCAACAACAUCGUCUUCCCCAGCAGCAGCACCACCACCGUGUACGCCGAGGCCGGCUUCGCGGAGUUCGUGGCCCCGACGCGGCUCAUGCACGACAUGACGGACGAGCAACUCUUCUGGCGCGCCUCCAUGGUGCCGGUGGCCGCCGAGUACCCGUUCAAGCGCGUGCCCAAGGUGGCCUUCAUGUUCCUCACCGGCCGCGGCGAGCUGCCGCUCGCCCCGCUCUGGGAGCGCUUCUUCCGGGGCAAUGAGGACCGCUUCUCCGUCUACGUCCACGCGCCGCCGGGGAUGACGGUGAACGUCUCCACCAACUCGCCCUUCUACGGCCGCCAAAUCCCAAGCCAGGAGACGGCGUGGGGAUCGAUAUCGCUGAUGGACGCGGAGAAGCGGCUGCUGGCGAACGCGCUGCUGGACUUCUCCAACGAGCGCUUCGUGCUGCUCUCGGAGAGCUGCAUCCCGCUGCACAGCUUCCGGGCGGUCUACGACUACCUCAUCGGCUCACGGCACAGCUUCGUGGAGGUCUACUUCCAGCAGACGAAGCAGUGCCAGGGCCGGUACAGCCGCCGCAUGGCGCCGGCGAUCACGCUGCAGCAGUGGAGGAAAGGCUCCCAGUGGUUCGAGCUGAGCCGCGACCUGGCCAUCAGCGUCCUCGCCGACACCAAGUACUACCCGCUCUUCAGGCGGCACUGCCGGCCGUCGUGCUACCCGGACGAGCACUACCUCCCGACCACCGUGAGCAUGCUGCACGGCGCGCGGAACGCCAACCGCACGGUGACGUACGUCGACUGGUCCAAGGGCGGCGCCCACCCGGCCAAGCACACGGCCGAGAACGUGACGGCGGCGGCGAUCCAGGGCAUCAGGAGGAGGAGGUGGAGGAACGACAGGCCCUGCUAUUACAACCAGAGGCCGACGUCGAUGUGCUUCCUGUUCGCCAGGAAGUUCGCGCCCGACACGCUCGGGCCCCUGCUCAACAUGUCGUCGGCGGUCAUGGGGUACUAGCUAGCCCCCGCUGCCGCCGGCGGCGGCGAUGAUCGGACCGAUUCUUCCAUGUUUGUAACUUAGGAUCUAUAUAUUCAGCAGCCUCUUGACCACAUUGUG